AUGCAAGAAUCAGAGGAAUCCAAAGAUAUGGAGACAGUUCCUGACCAGGUGGAUGGAGGAAGUAUGAGUGCAAGAAAGAAGGGUGCAGAUCCAAGAGAGAAGCGUCUUUCCUCCUCUGAAUGGGACAGGAAAGGAACACCUGUAGCCAUAUCGCCAUCAAAAGUACCAAUUUCUGGCCCCACAAACGACCCCAUCCUCAUUUCCAUUGGGCCUCCACAUCAUUGCCCUUCUGUUUCCAGUGAGUCCCAGUACCAGGGUUUCUCUCGAGAGGAAGAUUACAUCAACAGGCAUGGAUGGAGAAGGGAGAAUGUGCAAUAUUACCCGUCAAAUACUGAGGGCGGUGUUCCCAAACAAACCAUGGAUGAACUGAAAAGUGUGUUGCGUGAGAGCUCCCUACUGAGUGCAAAGGGACAAGAUAAAGGAAGGAGCUACCCUCCGGGUCAAAGAGUGGACUGUAAGCCAGACCAGGAACCAUUCAGGAGUUUCAGCACCUUCAAGCCUCUUUCAGAAGCUAGGAGGGCAUCCAGACAAAGAGAAGGAAACUGGGAUUCUAGUGGGUCUUCGAGGACGGAUGGACCUCCAAACAGAUCCUCUGGUGUAAAUUCCCCAACUUUUCAGGCAUCCGAUUGGGGUGAAGUUGGGACAUCACAGUCAGACAAGGAGCGCUCACAGGCACACUCUUUCGCAUCACAAAGCUUUAUUUCUGAUGUCGAGCGCAUAAAACAGCAAAUUGCCCGGGAAAACAUAAGCUUUGUUCGCUUUGAGGCCACUGAUCUUCAUGGCGUGUCCCGAUCCAAGACAGUUCCUGCUCGAUUCUUUCAUGAAAAAGCUGUAUAUGGCAUCCCUAUGCCAAGGAGCUACCUGGAGUUAACCCUAAGCCCCAAAAUCAAUGAAGUUGACCAUGCAAGUGCAGUAAACUUUAGUAGUGAUGUCCUGCUGGUCCCAGAUCUCUCCACAUUCCAAAUCCUUCCCUGGGUGGAUCAGACCGCUCGUCUUAUCUGUGACCCCUGCACCAUCACAGGAGUGCCACUACGAACAUCACCCCGUCUCAUAGCCAAGCUGAUGCUCGGACAGCUCCAGAGCAUGGGAUUCUCUCUGCACUCGUCCUUUACCUACGAGUGCUGUAUCUUCGGGAGCCCUGAACGUGUGGGACCCAAAGCAGUGUUCUUCCCUGCAACUACACUGUUGAGCAACUACGAUCAACCCUUCCUCCAGCAGUUAGUCAAGGGGAUGUACAACAUGGGAGUGGAUGUUGAGAGCUUCUCUUCAGCAAAUGGACCUGGACAGAUGGAAAUUUGCUUCAAGCCCAGGUUUGGAAUGGACGCCGCUGACAGCGCCUUUACCUUUCGCACCGGAAUCAAAGAGAUGGCCAGGAAGUAUGAUUACAUUGCCACCUUUUUCACCUACGAGAACAUCCAGAAUUCAGGAUUACUCUCCCAUAGCCUCUGGGAUGCAAGUGGCAGAAGAAGCCUUUUCCAUUCAGGCAAUGGGGAACUUUCGGAGAUCGGCAGAAAGUGGCUCUCAGGUCUUCUCCAUCAUUCUGCCGCUUUGAGUUGCCUCUUGGCUCCAGGAAUCAGUUGUCGAACCCAGAUUUCCAAAGGCAAGAAAGAUUCCAAGAACCAUGUUUAUGCCACAUGUGGCUGCAAUGACAACAGCUGUGACUUUAAUGUGAAGGUUCACGGUGGACGGGAGACACACAUUGAUAACAAGCUGGCUUCAGCAAUGGCCAACCCUUACAUUGUGUUGGCAGCCACUAUAGCAGCAGGACUGGAUGGGAUCAAGCGUAAUCUCAAUCCAGAACAGGUACUAAGCAGAGCUCCAAAUCAGCAGAAACAGUUUGCCAUCCCUGUUAAACUGGAUGAUGCUUUAACAGCUCUGGCAGAGGACAGUGUGAUUUGUGGUGCACUAGGAGAGCCUUUCGUGCAGUAUUUUAUUGCCAUGAAGCGUGUAGAGAUGGAGAGCCAAGAGGAUGCUGACAGAAAUGAGGGACUUGAGUAUUUCAUUUAA